AUGUUGUGAUCUGUAAAAACAAAAUGUGUGUGCAAACAGCUAAAUGCAAAGAUGAAAUACAUACACUAUAUUGCCAAAAGUAUUGGGACACCCCUCCAAAUCAUUGGAUUCAGGUGUUCCAAUCACCUCCAUGGCCACAGGUGUAUAAAAUCAAGCACCUAGGCAUGAAGACUGCUUCUAUAAACAUUUGUCAAAGAAUGGGUCACCCUCAGGAGCUCAUUGAAUCCAAGCGUGAUACCAUGAUAGAUUGCCACCUGUGCAAUAAGUCCAUCCGUGAAAUUUCCUUGCUACUAAAUAUUCCACGGUCAACUGUUAGUGGUAAUAUAACAAAGUGGAAGCAACUGAGAACAACAGCAACUAAGCCGUGAAGUGGUAGGCUACUUAAAAUGACAGAGGGGUCAGCGCAUGCUGAAGUGCAAAGUGCGCAGAAGUCGCCAACUGUCUGCA